AUGUCGCUGGAUUUCGCCUCCCGCCGAGCGGAGCUCUACCGUGCCAACCGCAGUGCCGCGGAAGGGCCGGCUCACGCCAUGGCCACCAAAUUGGACUCGUCUUUGAAGAAAAACACCAGCUUCAUCAAGAAAAUCAAGGCGUUGACCGCCGACACCGCGCCGGCGGUCUUGGCCGAUAUCUCGCUGUUGACCUUGGAGAAGUACCUCAGCGAAAUCACCGCGUCGCUCGCGGAAGGCCUCCUCAAACUAUCGAAGAACGACGACAUCAACGCCGGCGUGGUUGUGAUCUGUGCCCUCUACCAGCGCUUCACCGGGCUGUUUGUGGCACCGCUACUUUCACACUUGGUCAAUGGCGCGGCGGAGAAACACGAGCCGGACGCCUCGUUGAAGCAGAAAACCGCGUUGAAGCUUCUCUUCGAGAUGCAAGUGCUUGGGAUGGCGGCCUCCUUUGACGCGUGUGCCCCGGAACUCUUGGGCGAGCCCGCCGCACGGCUCCACGCCAAAUUGGCCUCCAGCUCCAUGACCGUCACGCUCUUGAAAGACGCCAUGUCGCACAAACUAGAACUCGGGUAUGCGUUGCCUGUGGCCACCUCUUUCCUACGCAGAUUCUCGGCGCUCCUCUCGGGCGAUUCAGAAAUAGUCCCGGGCCCGCUCCAGCAGACGCUCCGCCAGCUUUUCACCGCCUACACCACCCGCAUACUUGGGUUGCGCCAGGCGCUCCACGUGAAACUCGCAAAGCUAGAGCUCAGCAACAAGAAGGCGUCCAUCCGCACGGGCAAAAUCUUGGCGGAGCACGAGGACCUCGUGACGGAAACCGCCGCACGGAAGAGUCUAUUUGACACGCAUGCGGCGCUCCUCUGCGAGUUCUUAUCUAUGGAACUACCCUCUUUGGAAGAGGCACCAAAACCAGGCCCCGAAACAGAAACCUCUCCGGAGCAGGUCAAGCGCACGUGGUGGCACGGUUCCAAAGAGCGGGACUUCUACCUCGAAGUGCCAGGCUACGGACAUGUCUUGGACCACUUCGACCGGAACAAGCUCCCCGAGGCAGAGUACGGUCAGCUCAGCGAGGGCCAGAAGGUGAAUCUUUUCCUCGCCCAGCUCGAGGCGCUCCUCGACGCAAAGGACUUGGAGCUCAUGACAGCGACCAUGCAUGCAUACAUUCCGUACAACAAGGCGACGAAGAACCGCAUUGUGCGCUUCUUCACCGAGAUCAAGAAAAUCGACAACGUCAACCUAUACGCCCGCUUCCUCUGUAUUAAUGCGCAGUACUUCCCGGAAGUGAUUUCCGAGCUCAUUGAGGCGCUUGACCGCGGCUUCCGCUCGCAGAUCCGCUUCGACACCAUUAACUUCAGGAACUUGGCGUUUUUCAUCGAGCUUGUCAAGUUCAAGUUGAUUCCGAGCCACGUGGUGUUCCACAAGAUCCGCCGCAUGACGCUCAACAUUCCGGGCACCAGCAACGUGGACAUUCUCCUGGUGUUCUACGAGCGCUGUGGUAAGUUCUUACUAUUCGAGCCGGAGUAUCUGCAGACCACCAAAGAGAUGCUAGAGUUGCUACAGGUCCAGGCGAAAAGCGACAAGUUGACGGUCAAUGAGAAGUUUGCUCUUUCGAACAUGUUCUUGAUUGUGGACUCCUUCACUGCAACCGCGCAAAAGCAAGCGCCGGCCGCCGAAAUGACCGUCGUGCAAGAUUUCAUCCAUCAAUGUGUCAAGAAAUUGGUCACGCCAACAAGCUAUCAGACGGCACUAGAUCUUCUCAAGGGCAUCAAUUUCUCAAAGAACAUGGAGGCCCAAGAGACACUCAUUGAGAUCUACACAAGGCCCGAAGAGUUGGGCGGAGACCGCUUGGAGCUGCUGUGCGGUCUUCUUUUACGGAUAGGGAAAACCCACCGCCGUGUGCCUCUCAUGGUGGUUGAGACUUUAUUUGAGAAAAUCACCCGCGGUCUUGAGCUAAAUGACUACAGACACAACGUGUCCCGAGUGGCACAUGUGAGGUUCAUGGCAGCGCUCUUCAACGCGAAAGUCCUCAAUUUCAAAAGCAUUCUUGACUUGUUGUACAAAAUCAUCUGUUUUGGGUACCCCAACAACCUCCCAACGCCGGGCUCCCGGCUCGAGAUUGACCCGCCCGAAAACUACUUCCGGAUCCAGUUGGUUUGUGCUUUGCUCAAGUCAAUCAACUUCCAAGGCGUCAAAUCCAUAGGCUUGCUCAAUCUGGGCGUCAAGACCGCGGAGGGCUUGUUGGUGUUCCUCCAGUACUACAGCUUCUGCAAAGCCAUGCCCCUUCCGAAGGAUAUCGAGUUCUCCUUGCUGGGUGUUUUGGCGUGUUUCAACGCAGUGUCCAAAACCAAGAUGCAGAAGGCCGCUGAUCUCACAGCAGCGAUGCAGCUGCUCCAGCAGUAUACCAUCAACAACAAGCAGGAGGCCGCGAAGAAACCCAUGCCGCGGAACGCUGCCGAGCCAAACGACGACGAUGUCGAGUCUGUGGAGUCGGACUUCUCUGCGCUUGAGCUCUUUGAUUCGGGCGAAGAAGACAUGAGCUCAGACGACGAUGCUGCAGUGAACGAAGCCUCGAGUGACGAGGAGCCUGUGCAAAGCGACGACGGAGAAUCUGCCAGCGGCGAGGAUGGCGAGGAAACGUCUCUGGGCAGCGAGAUGGGUUCCGAGUAUGAGGACGCAGACGGGGACGAGGAGCAGCAGGCCUUCCGGUUCCAUUCUGCGGCGGACCAACAAGAGGCGCAGCGCAUGGACGACGAGAUCAAGACCCUCCUCAGCGUGUCCAUGCACCAGAACCGGGUGUCCGGGUCGUUGAGAAUGCCGGCGCCUUCGAGCUUGGUCCCUGCGCCUGCGGGAGAGGACGCGCAGCCCAAGGCGUUCAAGUUCCUCACAAAGAGCAACAAGCUCCGGGAUUUGGCGCUUCCGUCGAACAACAAGUUCACGGAGAGAAUUGCGCUGGAGCAGGCGGCGCAGAAGGCCAACCGCAGGAAGAUCAUGAGUCUUGUGGACAACAUGUAUGAGAGCUGA